ACAUGGGCGGGUCCUCAGCCAGUGCAAUGGGGACUGCAGCAUAACGGUGUAGUUGUACGUUUUUUUCAGCUGUUCUUUCUUCUUUGUCCUUCACUUUCAUGCCUUUCAACUGUGCCACCGAAACAGUGUCAAGAAAAGCUGGAGAGAACAAGACCUGCUGAAUCUGAACGCAAAAGUCAGCAGUCACAAGAGCAGCAACAUGCAGACCACCGACUUUGAUAAUCUGGAAAUUGAGCAGCAGUACUGCACCAUCAACUCCCGCUGGGAAACGGCAGAGGAUGACCUUGACAAUGAUAACAGUUCCGCUCGGAUGUUUGAAAGAUCUAGAAUUAAAGCCCUUGCCGAUGAGCGUGAAGCUGUGCAAAAGAAAACCUUUACCAAAUGGGUCAACUCCCAUCUUGCUUUUGUAAGUUGUCGGAUUUCUGAUCUCUACUUGGAUCUGAGGGAUGGAAGGAUGUUAAUAAAACUACUGGAGGUGCUAUCAGGUGAACAGCUGCCAAGAAGAACAAAAGGAAGAAUGCGUAUCCAUUGCUUAGAAAAUGUGGACAAAGCUCUCCAUUUUCUAAAGGAGCAAAGAGUCCAUCUUGAAAAUAUUGGCCCCCAUGAUAUUGUCAAUGGCAAUCACCGAUUAAUAUUGGGCUUGAUAUGGACCAUCAUAUUACGUUUCCAGAUCCAAGAUAUUAUAAUUGAGAUGAAGGGCAGUGAAACUCGUUCUGCAAAAGAUGCUUUACUGUUAUGGUGCCAGAUGAAGACAGCAGGAUAUCCAAAUGUUAAUGUGACUAAUUUCACAUCAUGUUGGAGGGAUGGUCUGGCAUUUAAUGCUCUAAUCCACAAACACAGGCCUGAUUUGCUUGAUUUUGAAAGAAUGAAAAAAUCCAACCCAAAGCACAACCUUGAGCAAGCCUUUAAUGUGGCUGAUCGGAAACUGGGAAUAACUCAGCUCCUUGAUCCAGAAGAUGUUCUUACUGAAAACCCAGAUGAAAAAUCCAUAAUCACCUAUGUAGUUGCAUUUUAUCAUUAUUUUUCAAAGAUGAAAGCCUUGGCUGUUGAAGGAAAAAGAAUUGGCAAGGUGUUGGAUAAUGCUAUUGAAACGGAUAAAAUGAUUCAUGAAUAUGAAAGCCUUACAUCAGAUUUGUUGACAUGGAUUGAACAAACCAUCUUAGCCCUUAUAAAUCGAACAUUUGCAAACUCUUUAACUGGGGUCCAACAGCAACUCCAGGCAUUCAGCGCAUAUAGAACUACAGAAAAACCACCUAAAUUUCAAGAAAAGGGUUAUUUAGAGGUGCUCUUAUUCACCAUUCAGUCUAGGAUGAGAGAGAACAAACAGAAAGUAUAUGUCCCUCAAGAUGGGAAGCUUGUAUCUGACAUCAACCGGGCAUGGGGUCGCCUUGAAAAAGCCGAGCAUGACCGCGAGACAGCACUGAGAAAUGAACUUAUUCGACAAGAAAAGCUUGAGCAACUGGCAAAGAGGUUUGAUCGCAAGGCUGCAAUGCGAGAAACUUGGAUCGCGGAAAACCAGCACCUAAUUGCACAGGAUAACUUUGGUUUUGAUUUGCCCUCUGUGGAAGCCGCCAAGAAGAAACAUGAAGCUAUUGAGACGGACAUCUAUGCUUAUGAAGAACGUAUUCAAGCAAUAGUAAAUGUAGCGAAGGAAUUAGAGAAUGAACGAUACCAUGAUAUCAGGCGUAUCAGUGCCAGAAAGGACAACAUUGUGCGCCUGUGGCAGUAUUUACUGGAGAUACUGAAUGCUAGGCGCAAUAGACUUAACAUGACUCUUGAGCUGCAAACUCUGUUUCAAGAGAUGUUGCACAUUGUAAACUGGAUGGAUGAAAUAAAGGUAGGCCUUUUAUCCGGAGACUAUGGGAAACAUCUCCUUGAGGUGGAAUAUUUACUGCAGAAACACAACUUGAUAGAAGCUGAUAUUGCUGCUCAAGCGGAUAAAGUGAAAUCAUUCGGCCAGACUGCUCUGAAGUUUGUAGGUGGAGAGGGGUAUCAGCCAUGUGAUCCACAGGUGAUUAAAGAUCGAGUGCAGCACCUUGAACUAUGUUAUCAGGAACUGGUGUCACUGGCAGCACAGAGAAAACACAAUCUGCAGCAAUCACGGUGUAUGUGGAAGUUUUUCGGAGACAUUGAAGAGGUGGCAAGAUGGAUAAGAGAGAAAGAACAAAUCUAUACUUCAAUGGACUUCGGAAAAGACCUAACCAGCAUCUCCAUUCUUAAAAGGAAACACAGAGCUUUUGAGGAUGAACUCCGAGGUCUUGAAUCUAAUUUGCAGCAAACUCUUAAAGAUGGAGAAAACAUGAUUGCCAAUAAACAUUAUGCCUCACCAAAAAUCAAAGAACAAAUUGAAAAAAUCAAUCUUCAGUGGGCUCAGCUGAAGGAUUUGGCAGCCUUCCGUUUGAAAAUUCUUAGCGACACCGAGAACUUCUUUCAGUUCCAGGUUGAUGCUGAUGAUCUAGCUGCAAGGAUGCAGGAUACGUAUCGUAUGAUGCAAACUGAUGAUGUUGGUCACGAUGAAUAUUCAACCAAAAUAUUAGUGAAAAAGCAAAAGGAUCUCUUAGAUGACAUAAUGCUCAACAGAAAGGCGUUGGAAGGUCUCAGUGAGGUUGUUCAACAAUUCCCAGAUGAGUUCAAGACAUCACCUGAGAUUGACAGUCGACUGCAAAAACUAAGAGCUCUGUUUUCUGAUUUAGCAUCCCUAGCAGACCUGCGUUCCCAAAAACUUCAAGAUGCUCUCUCCUUUUAUACCAUUCUCGGUGACAUAGAUGCAUGUGAGAUGUGGAUGAAUGAGAAGGAGAAAUGGCUGGAAAACAUGGAGGUUCCAGAAUCACUAGAGGACAUGGGAGUUGUUCAGCACAGAUUUAAUACUUUAGAUCAAGAAAUGGGUAAUCUGGGUUCCCAAAUUCAGGAUGUGAACACAGCGGCCAAUACUCUUAUUGAAAGUGGACACCCCAGUAGGAAGCAAGUAAAGCAUGAUCUGGAUCACAUGAAUACCAGAUGGACCGUGUUUCAAGAGAUGGUUUCACAAAAGCGAAGAGCAGUUGAUUCUGCCCUUGGCCUUCAUAAUUAUGGUGUGGAAUGUGAUGAGACCAUGAAUUGGAUAAAUUCAAAAAUUAAGGUGGUAGAAUCUAUUCAAGAUCUUGGAAGUGAUCUUGCUUCUGUGAUGUCAAUUCAAAGAAAACUCUAUGGCAUUGAAAGAGAUCUAGCCGCUAUUGAGGCUAAACUCAUAAAUCUGCAAGGAGAUGCACAAAAACUUGCAAAUGAUCACCCUGACCAAGCCCAAGACAUCCUUGAUCGACUGAUUGAUAUAAAUAAGAAAUGGGAAGAAUUACAGAAGGCACUGCAAGAUCAAGAGGAGUCCUUAGGAGAGAGUAGCAAGGUGCAAAAAUUCUUGGUGGACUUGUUUGAUUUUGAAACAUGGCUUUACAGAGCCCAACAGGCAACAGCUUCAGAAGAUAUACCCACUUCACUGCCAGAGGCUGAAAAGCUAUAUACUAACCACCUUUCUCUUAAAGAUGAUAUUCAACGUCAUGAGCCUGAUUUCUGUGAUGUUGUAGAUACGGGUAACAAGGUGACCUCCGGACAAACAGAUCCCCAAUAUGAACAACUUGAUCAAAGAGUCAAAGAGAUACAAGAAGGCUGGAAUGACCUCCACAAGAUGUGGAACAACAGAGAGAAUUCCCUUUCUCAGUGCUUGGAAUUCCAGAAGUUCCUAAAGGAUGCAAAGCAGUCUGAAGCUAUUUUGAGUAAUCAGGAAUACACACUUACUUAUAGCGAAGUUCCCACCACCUUAGAAGCUGCCGAAAACAGACUAAAAAAACAUGAGGAUUUCCUGGCUACUAUGGAAAAUAAUGAAGAGAAGAUUGCCGGAACCAUAAAUCAUGGAAAGAAAUUAGAUGAAGUUAAAAAUGUUUUUGCUGACAAAGCUUUGGCCAAGAUUUCCACUAUUGAAGAAAGAUAUGCCAAGAACUUGAACAAGGCCAAGGAUGUUUCCAUUCUACUAAAGGAUAACUGUGACCUCCAGAAUUUCCUAGAAAACUGUGAAGAGCUCAAUAUAUGGAUCAAUGAAAAAAUGUUGACUGCUAAAGACACAUCAUAUGAUGGAGCCCGAAACUUGCACAGCCAGUGGCUCAAGCACCAGGCUUUUAAGGCAGAACUUGAUUCCAACAAAGAGAGGCUCGAGAAUCUUGACAAGGAAGGAAAACAACUGGUACAGGAGAAAGAACAGUUUGCACCAAUUGUUUCUGAGAAGCUGAGUAACUUGCACAGGCUCUGGGAUGAGUUGGAAACCACAACCCUCAAAAAAGAACAGUCCCUUUUUGAUGCCCACCGCACAGAGCUACAUGAACAAAGAUAUUCAGACCUAAUUAAAUGGAUAAAAGAUAUGGAGCAACAAGUAGAGAUAUAUGACUAUGGAACAGACCUUACAAGUGUUAAUAUUCUUUUAAAUAAGCACAAAAGAAUUGAGGAUCAGAUUCAACAAAAGACAAUUGAACUGGAUGAAGUACUACCAGAAACUUCAGCUUUGGGCAAAGAACCCGAUGAGAAGGAGCAGGAUAUUAAAAUGCGUUUCCAGCAACUACAGCCAGUACUGCACGAGAGAAAGAGGAAACUUCAUUCUUCAAAGCAAGUACAUCAACUGCAUCGGGACUUGGAAGAUGAAAUUCUCUGGAUUCUAGAAAGAUUACGUCUUGCAGAAUCACAGGAUUAUGGAAAUAACCUUCAGACAGUGCAAAUGCUUAUGAAGAAAAAUCAGACUUUACAGAGAGAGAUUGCAGGUCAUGGUCCAAGGAUAGAGGAUGUACUUACAAGAGCUAAGGAUAUGGAGCAGGAUCCAGAAAUAGACCACCAACCUAUUGAAAGCAAGAGCAAAUCUUUGGAAGAGAGUUGGGAUAACUUACAGAAACAAAUAGCAGAAAGAGAAAAACACUUGCUUCAGGCUCUCGAUGCACACCAUUAUUAUAUGGAUGCAGCCGAGGCAGAGGCUUGGAUUGAUGAACAACAGCUUUACAUGAUUGGAGAUGAACAACCAAAGGAUGAAGAAAGUGUUGUUGUAAUGUUGAAGAAACAUUUGAAUUUACAACAUGCAGCGGAACACUAUGGAAAGAAUAUUAAGGAUCUGGCAGACCAGGCACAAAGACUCCUUGCAUUAGAACAUCCUGAUAGUGAAAAAAUUACUCGGCACCAAGGCAAUAUAGAAAAGCAGUACGCUGCACUGAGGGACAUGGCUGAUGAGAAAAGGCAGAAGCUGGACAAUAUUUAUCACAUGUUUCAGCUGAGGCGUGAAUUUGAAGAUCUGGAACAAUGGAUUGCAGAAAGAGAUGUGAAGGCUUCAUCCCAGGAAAUGGGACAAGAUUUGGACCAUGUGACGAUCCUGAGAGACAAAUUUCGUGACUUUGCAAGAGAGACAGGAGCCAUUGGGCAGGAGCGUAUUGAUAAUGUCAAUAUUUUAAUUGAACAACUGAUUGAUGCUGGCCAUGCAGAUGCAGCUAUGAUUGCAGAAUGGAAAGACAACUUGAAUGAGAGCUGGGCAGACCUGCUGGAACUUAUUGAUACGCGUGUACAGCUCCUGUCUGCAUCCUAUGAACUCCAUAAAUUCUUCUAUGAUGGCACAGAAAUCCUAAGCAUGAUAGAGGAGAAGUACAAGGAGUUGCCAGAAGAUUUGGGAGCAGAUGUUCACACAGCACAAUCACUUCAUCGAGUGCACACUGCCUUUGAAAGAGAUAUUCAUCUUAUUGGGAGCCAGGUCCAACACUUCCAAGACACGGCGACACGUUUACACGCCGCCUAUGCAGGAACCCAAGCUAUGGAUAUACAGAAAAAGGAGAAAGAAGUGGUCGAAGCCUGGAAAGGCCUUCUGGAUGCCUGUGAUGGGCGUCGUACAGAGUUGGUUAGCGCUGCAGAGAAAUUUAGGUUUUUCAGCAUGGUGCGGGAUUUGAUGCUUUGGAUGGAGAAUAUGAUUAGACAGAUUGAGACACAAGAAAAACCAAGAGAUGUAUCAUCUGUUGAGUGCCUGAUAAAAUACCACCAAGAACUGAAAGCAGAAAUUGAAGCUAGAAAUGUUACGUAUACAGCAUGUGUGGACUUGGGAAACACUCUCUUAGCUCGUAACCACCCAGCUUCCGAGGAGAUAAAAGAAAACUUGGUGCAGCUAGAUGACAGGAGACAGGAGAUGAUGGAGAAGUGGCACAAGCGCUGGGAUUGGCUUAAUGUUUUGUUAGAAGUUUGCCAGUUUGCAAGAGACGCCUCCAUGGCUGAAUCCUGGUUAAUAUCAAAGGAACCAUACUUGUACAGUACAUUUGUAGGAAACAGCAUUGAUGAUGUGGAAAAGUUAAUUAGAAAGCAUGAAUCCUUUGAGAAAUCCACUUUAACGUGGGAAGAGAGAUUUUCUGCACUGGAAAGGCUUACAACGCUGGAACUAUUGGAAAUAAGGAAAUACCAGGAAGCUAAAAGACAAGAAAUGUUAAUGGCUGCUGAAUCAGAAAUGAAAGAAUCAACCCAGAUGGAAACACAAUUCCAAACACAAAAAGAGAGAGUACAUGAAGAAAAAGCCAUCAUCCAUUCAAUCCCUGAAAUUCCAAUGUUAGAGGAGCCCAAACCAAGAUUGCCGAGUAUAACAGAAGUAACUGAAGAGACUAAGGAAAAAGAAGAGGAGAUGAUGAUCAUUCAGGAAGAGUACACACUUACCGAACCCAUGGAACAGACAGAAUAUAGCAUUUUAGACCCAGAAACCAGAAAAACAGAAGAACCAACUCUACCAACAGACUUUGGUAGCUCUGGCUAUAUUCAGCACCAGGGUUACUUAAACAGGAAACAUGACCUUGAUGGGACACUUAAAAAAGCAGCAAACAGGUCCUGGAACAAUGUCUACUGUGUACUUAAGAAUCAUGAUUUGUAUUUUUACAAGGAUGCCAAAGGCUUUGCUAUGAAUGAAUCUUUCCAAGGUGAAGGGCCUUUGCCUUUACGUCAAGCAAGCUGUGAAAUAGUGGCAGAUUAUAAAAAGAAAAAGCAUGUCUUUAAGUUUCGACUUGGUGAUGGAAAUGAAUGGCUAUUUCAAGGGAAAGAUGAGGCUGAUCUUCAAGAGUGGGUUCACAAUCUUACAACAUCCAUUACAGAGGCAACAGAUUAUAAAUCAAAGUCAAAAAGUCUUCCUCUGCCCUCCACCUCUGCACCUGAAGGAAAACAAGAAAAGAAACGAUUUACAUUUUUCUCCUCAAAAAAAUAAAACUGUAACAACUGGA